AUGGUCGAUGCCAAGGGAAGGAACAUGAAAUGUCUGACUUUCUUCUUGAUGCUUCCCGAGUCAGUGAAAAGCAAGUCAAGUAAGAGCUCCAAGAAAGGGAAUGCCAGUGGCAGCUCCAAGCUGCCUCCUGUCUGUUAUGAGAUAAUCACUCUGAGGAGCAAGAAGAAGAAGAAGAUGGCAGCGGAUAUUUUUCCCACCAAAAAGCCGGCGUCCACCACCACAGUGCAACAGUACCAGCAGCAGAACCUCAACAACAACAACACCAUACAGAACUGCAAUUGGCAAGGACUCUACUCCACUAUAAGAGAAAGAAAUUCAGUAAUGUUCAACAAUGAGCUGAUGGCAGAUGUCCACUUUUUGGUGGGUCAGCUUGGAAGGACCCAGCGGCUGCCAGGACACAGAUAUGUUUUGGCUGUGGGCAGCUCAGUGUUCCACGCCAUGUUUUAUGGUGAACUGGCUGAGAACAACGAUGAAAUCCAUAUUCCAGAUGUGGAACCAGCGGCAUUUCUGGCAAUGCUAAAGUACAUCUACUGUGAUGAGAUUGACCUGAGUGCUGACACAGUGUUGGCCACUCUUUAUGCUGCCAAGAAGUACAUUGUCCCUCAUCUGGCACGUGCAUGCGUCAACUUCCUGGAAACUAGCCUGAGUGCCAAGAAUGCCUGUGUGUUACUCUCACAGAGCUGCCUGUUCGAGGAGCCAGAGCUGACACAGCGCUGCUGGGAAGUGAUUGAUGCCCAGGCAGAGCUGGCGUUACGCUCGGAGGGCUUCUGCGACAUCGACACCCAGACCCUGGAGAGUAUCCUACAGCGAGAGACACUCAAUGCUAAAGAGAUAGUGGUAUUUGAGGCGGCGCUCAACUGGGCUGAGGCUGAGUGCCAGAGACAGGACCUCACCUUGUCGACUGACAAUAGGCGUAAGGUUCUGGGCAAGGCCAUGUACCUGAUACGUAUCCCUACAAUGGCUCUUGAUGAUUUUGCCAAUGGAGCAGCCCAGUCGGGCGUGUUGACGCUUAACGAGACCAAUGACAUCUUCCUGUGGUACACAGCAGCCAAGAAGCCUGAGCUGGAGUUUGUCAGCAUGCCUAGGAAGGGCCUAACACCCCAGCGCUGCCACAGAUUCCAGUCCUGUGCCUACCGGAGCAAUCAGUGGCGCUAUCGGGGCCGCUGUGACAGCAUACAGUUUGCAGUGGAUAAAAGAGUUUUCAUCGCUGGGUUUGGACUGUAUGGAUCUAGCUGUGGCUCAGCAGAGUACAGUGCCAAGAUUGAGUUGAAACGUCAAGGAGUACUGCUGGGACAAAACCUCAGCAAAUACUUCUCUGAUGGUUCCAGCAACACUUUCCCAGUAUGGUUUGAGUAUCCAGUCCAGAUCGAGCCUGACACCUUCUACACGGCCAGCGUGGUUCUGGAUGGGAAUGAGCUCAGUUACUUUGGACAGGAAGGGAUGACAGAGGUGCAGUGUGGGAAAGUGACAUUUCAGUACCAGUGCUCCUCGGACAGCACUAAUGGCACUGGGGUGCAGGGGGGACAGAUUCCUGAGCUCAUCUUCUACGCUUGA